AUGGACUACCAAAAUCGUGCCGGGUCCAAAUUUGGCGGUGGUGGUGUGGCCUCGGGGUCUGCAACGAAUGCUGACCGCCGAGAACGCCUACGAAAACUCGCUCUCGAGACCAUCGACCUAGACAAAGACCCAUACUUCUUCAAGAAUCAUGUUGGCAGUUUCGAGUGUCGACUAUGCCUCACAGUUCACCAGAACGAUGGCUCAUACCUGGCCCAUACACAAGGUCGGAAACAUCAGACGAAUCUAGCACGACGAGCAGCACGGGAAGCGCGAGAGGCGAGCAAAGAUGGCGCAAUGAUGAUGGGCAUGAGUGGUGUGCAGAUCAGGAAAAAUGUGGUCAAGAUUGGACGGCCCGGUUACAAGAUCACAAAGGUUAGAGAUAAUCUGACGAGGCAGGUCGGCCUUCUGUUCCAAUUGCUGUACCCAGAGAUCGGUCAAGAUGUCGUGCCAAAGAUCAGGUUUAUGAGUGCAUAUGAACAAAAGAUCGAGGAUCCACCGGACAAGAAUUACCAGUACCUGCUCAUUGCCGCCGAGCCUUACGAAACAUGCGGUUUCAAGCUACAAAGUCGAGAGGUGGAUCGGAGGGGCGACAGCUUUUGGGAGUGGUGGGACGAGGACAAGAAGGAGUUUUGGUGCCAGAUUUUGUUCAAGACCGAACGGGAUGAGAGAAUUGGCGACGCGCCCGGUCUGGCUCCAAGGCGGUGA